AUGGCUACUGCUCCUGCAUACGAACGUUCAGACAGUGUCGACCCGGAGGUCGUUGCUAAAACUUCCUUCACAACACUUCCUGUAAGAGUCAGUAAAAUCGCAUCCGUGCAUAAUCGCUACUCAGAGGAGAUUUUAAAAGAGUGGAACGAGAAGGUUGGGAAGGUGAUUGAAGGAACAACGAUUUCAGACAGAAAUGGACCUCAUUCUUUGGCAGUGGGUUACCCUGAAGCUCUUGAAGAACGAAUCAAACCACUUGUAGAAUGCAUAGAAUUGGCGCUUCUCCACGACGAUAUUGUGGAUACCUUGGAACCAGCUUUGGCCACACUGGUUAAUGGUAGUCGUUUUGACGGCUCCGUGCUUUAUACGAGAACCCAGGAAAUGGCUCGGAAGACAAGGGCCAAGAAACAAUUAGAGUCCAGGAACUUGUGGGACUUUCUGAAUAUCGAUCGAGAUCAUGGAAAGAUUCUGAUUAAAUCCUGGCAAAACUACCACGAUACCUCAAGCGGAAAUCGAGCACCCGAUUCAUUUCAUAAUUUUGCUGACUGGCUCGAAUAUCGAGUUAUUGACAUCGCAGCUUGGCCUUCCCUUGAAUUAGCAUGCUAUGGAUCCAGAAUCAACCCUUCCCAAAGCGACAGAGCCUCUGUUGAACAUGUCAUGUGUCCUCUCUUCGAAGUGUACGCACUUACAAAUGACUUUUACAGCUUCGAUAAGGAGUAUGCCUCAUAUCACCGAGAGGGCACCAAAAAUGGAAUUCCUAAUAGUGUCUGGUUUUUAAUGCGAGACUACAAUAUUUCGACUGCCGAAGCCAAAACAAAAGUGAUUGACUUGAUAUUGUCGAAAGAAGGGGAGUAUCAUAGAAAGAGGAGAGAGCUGGAAACCUCAGGAAAGGAGAUUUCUACAGAAGCAUGGCAAUAUCUGGAUCAUGCGGUGUUUAUGGUUUCGGGUGUCUCUUACUGGAGCUCUUUCUGUGAACGCUAUCAAGGUGACCCUUCUAGAGCACCCACAUCGGGAGAAGAAUGGAUUGUCAAUGAACACGACAAACAGGCUACAGACACCAAGUCUGAAACACAAGAUCGUCAUGAGAAAUUGGCUCUAGACUCUUCACAGAUUGAAGAGCGGCCAUGUUUACAAGCCGAUGUAUCCCUUGAAACCAUUCAUUUACCAAUUUCGGAAGAGACUGUAAUGGCGCCAUAUAAUUAUCUCUCAUCUUUACCGUCGAAGCAUAUCACAGCCAAAGUUAUUGAAGCGCUCAAUGUGUGGUAUGAGGUACCCGAAAUUCAGCUUUCGAUCAUCAAGAACAUUCUGCGGCUCCUGCACAGCUCCUCACUGAUGCUUGAUGAUAUCGAAGAUGGUUCAUUACUUCGACGAGGAAAACCAGCUACACAUACCAUAUUCGGUAUCGCGCAAACCAUCAACUCUGCUAAUUAUCUGUACACCCUUGCGCUCGAAGACGUUGCAAAGUUAUGUCCAGCAGCAACCACUCCUUUUGUGACGGAACUCAAGGAUCUUCACCGAGGACAAAGCAUGGACUUGUAUUGGACACACACCGUCUCAUGUCCAACAGAAGAAGAAUACUACAGAAUGAUCGACCACAAAACUGGGGGGUUCUUUCGGCUGCUGUGUAAACUUAUGGAUGCCGAGUCGGAGGUAAAGCUUCUUCCGAAAGCUCUCCCAUCGUCUGGUUGCAACUCAGAGCUGGACAAAGAAUUUCCCAUGCACAACUUGAUCACCCUAAUAGGCCGCUUCUUCCAAAUCCGCGAUGACUACCAAAACCUCUGCUCACCAGACUACACAAAACAAAAAGGCUUCUGCGAGGACCUAGAUGAAGGCAAAUACUCACUCCCUCUCAUCCACGCUCUUGUCCAGACGAAUAUCAAAACGCAGAUCGAGAAGGUUUUGCUGGAACGGAAACAACAAGGCAGUAUGACGCUUGAGAUGAAGAAAUUCGUGCUUGGGGAGAUGGAGAGGUGUGGGAGUUUGGCGUAUACGAAGGGUGUUGCGGACGGGCUUGUGGAGAGAAUUGAGGCGGAGAUUAGGGGGAUUGAGGGGGUGAGGGGUGAGAAUUGGAUUUUGAGGUUGUUUGUGGAGAUGUUGAGGUUGUGA